AUGAGUCAAUAUGUCCCGUUUGACCGUAUUGUUGACAAAUACGAAAUUGCUGGGACCGGAAAGGUUUCAAUUCGAGAUUUCCUAAGCAUUAUAGACGAAGUGGGUGCGUUACAGGUGGAUACGGCCCCAAUACUGCUAGACGAUGACCAAAGAGAGUCGGCAAAGAUUUUUAUACGCAAUAACAGUGAUUUUACUGUCACUCGUGAUGAAUUGAAGAGUCUGUUCUUCGAGUUGACGGGUCAAAAACCCGACAGCAUCCGAAUGCAGAGUUCUCGUCGGAUACGCGAUGACAAGAGUAUGAAAAACGGUCUGAAGCGACGAGAGAAAAACGAUUUUAUGCUGUUUGCCGAUGGUCUCCCCUCUGCCCCAUAUCAAAAUACGAAUAAUAUUGGCUACCUGACACCCAGGGCGGCGUCUCCGGUCAAUCCUGUUGGACAUUCGACUCCGUUGACCUUACAGAAACCGGGAAAUUCUGUACGGCUUGACGACACGGCUCCAAUGGACCAGGACUCACCGGUCAUCGAAAGUUUGGUUGAAAGGAUUCAAAGCCAGGAAGAAUUACUUCGCAAAAAGGAUGCAGAGAUACUAAACAACCGUCGGCAGAUGGAGCAUCUGUUGGAAGAGCUGGACACAACGGAAGCCGAGUACAAAAACUGCCUGUCACAAGCAAAGCUUUGGGAGAAGAAGUGCCGUGAAAGCAUGCAGGAGUCGCACAAUCUGGCUAAUCAACUACACACCGUUCACGUAGAAUACGAAGAACAAGCCUCCAAGCUCGAGCGUUUGGAGGGUAUUCUGCAAGACUUUGAAAAAGAGCGGAAAUUUGAGCUCGAAAAGCUCUCACAGCAAGAGGACCUUGAUGGUUCACAGGAAAAACUUAUACGAGAGAAUCACUCCAUGCGAACAAACCUGACCAAGUUACAACUUGAAUGCGAUCGACUUUCAAGGCUUCUCAAAUCAAAAACGGCGACGGAUGGCGUUCGUCCGCGUGGAUUAACGCCUCGUUUCACGCAAACGUCCAUCCAGGAGUGUCUUGAUAUAACAGGCGUUCCCUCCAUUGGAUCUAUUCCCCAGGAGCAACAACUUGUUUCUAACCUUGGUCUGUUAGUGAAGGAGUUAAACGACCAAAGAUUAAUUAUCGAAAAGCUUCGCCGAUUGCGUCACUCGAACAGUAAUGCUCACAAAAAAUCCUCAUGGCUCUUUUCUUCACUACAAAGUAUGAUACCCUUCGGAAAACAUUCUUACAAACACUAUAUCUUUUUGUCAUUUUUUCUCAUCGUCGGUUUGUAUAUAUUAUGCCUCUUCAUCUUUAAAAUUGGUCUAUUUUAUAAUUGGUCGGUAUUGGAUCCUUUCCAGCCUAAGGACACCUAUGUUUGGCCGCCCUCGUGA